UGCAGACGACUCCCCCACAUGUAAAAGGGCGAUGCAUUUCCUGCUUGCCUUCUGCUAUUUCUCUCUCUCUCUCUCUCUCUCUCUCUUUCUCUCUACCUCGCUCGGCGUGACAUCUCGAGCCUGGCCAAUGUGUCAGGGCUUCCUCCCCAUAUCGAGCGGCCGCAAUGGAUCUCGCUGCUGUCCCCGCUGCAAGCCAUGCUGGCUGGAGCAGGUUCACCAGCUACGCUAAAACCCUGCAGGGAGGUCUCAUCUUGUUGGAAAUGCUCCUCUGUCUCAGUGUCGCCGCCUGCUGCCUGUGGUCGUACUACAUCGGGUACGUGGCCUGCCCCCUGAUCGAGGUGAUCUUCGCCGGAAUCUUCUACUGGGUGUACAUGAACGGCUACGACCGGGAGGCCAGCGCCCUCAACUGGAGCUGGACGGAUAUUUUCCGGUGUGUGAGUGCAGCCGUUAUCCUCCUGGUCAUCUCAUUGAUCAACCUAUCACGGAGACAUGUUGGGAAUGUCCUUGGAGGGCUAUUCGGACUCACAGCCAUCACCGUGUUCCUCUAUAACGUUUACCUACUAUACCCAAAGUGUCACGCCCAGACAUCAUUGACAGAUGACCCACCUGCCUAUACGCCCUGAGCAAGAUUACGAGCUACAUGGAGGAACGUGGGAAUGGGAGGGGGGCCAUUCAGCGCCUCGGGCUUCUCCUGCCUUUCAGUCAGAUCAUGGCUCAUGUGGAUCUUGCCUCGGCUCUGUAAACCCUUAAUCCCCCCCUAACCCAACCAAAAUUUAUCAAUCUCCGGUUUGAAAUUUCCAAUUGUGCCCCCACCCACCCACACAGCCAUGAUGGUGGGGAGGGGGGCGGCUGCCUUCUGCUCCCUUUGUUAGUGCAGCGCAUGGUUAUUUCUUAAAAAAAGAGACACGCUGUCAAAGCUUUUUGUCUUGGACUCAUCAGGACAAAUCGUAAGCUUACCAACAGUGAAGGAAACAACGAUUUAUACUGCAUGAGAGGAGAACGCUGAUCGAUUGGCAAGCGGACCCUGAUUGGUAGAGGCAUUUCCAUGGAGAAUGCACCGGGGAACUGUUAACUGCCAAGCUCUUGUCCAAAUUCAAACCAGGCAGGUCGGCUCUGCUUGGUCAAGGCAUCGCCAUGGGGAAUGAGCCAGGGAAUGGCUGUCCCCCAAUCUUUUGUUUAGUUGAUAAAGGCACAUUGCAUGGACAUGCUCCUUCUGCCUGCAAAGGGCAGGGCCUCGUGUGUGAACAUACGUGUCUUCUGGCACGCAUAGGUAAGCCACGUUGCCAGACUGACUGAUAGCCUUAGUUUGUGAGUGUAAUUCUUAGCACAAUCCGGGUUGUUUAGUAAGUGCUGUCCAGUCGCAGAAUCACAAUCUAAUGUCGGACACUGUGUUUCGAGUCUUGCUAGCACGGGCUGGUUGGGUACGGUCUGUACCCUGCCCGUUGUGAACAGCGGCUGGGACAUGCUGUUUGAUACGAUCCACCAGUCUUUGGGAUGUAUGGGCCUACGUACCUAGCGCUGACAUUCAUACAUCACAUUCCUCAUUUGUGUGACAGGCAGAAGGUCUUUUUUGGCUUGACAGCAGCAACCCGUUAGUGGCCAACACCACUCGCAUUGCUACUGCAUGGUGGCAGCGUUAAACAGCUAGCUUCACCUGCGGCUCAAAUGUUUUCAGAUAUCUUGCGCCCCCCCCGCCCCUGCCCCCCAGGGUAAUCGGAGGUAGGCCGAGCGCUUUCCAGGGCCGACAGUGGUGGCCUUAGGCCCGCUCGUGAGUUUGCGUGAUUAGACGGCAUGAAAUGGUCUGAUCGUUAUCCCGGAGGAAGCCUUCGAUGUGCCCUAUCUCAGCGUCAAGUUUGCAUGGGGAGCAAAUGGCUCGGGGGGGCCCUAUUUACGAGGUCGCCGAUAAGACCGGUCUUACAGCGCUUGGAACCGUAAGAAGCCCAGCGCGUAUAUUGACCAGUGAAGGUUGGCUUGUGGUGGAACAUGGUAGGGAAAUUCCUUGGCAGUUUUCUCCACUAGUACGUCAAAGGAGGGGGAGUUCAUUUGACUGCCCCCACCCCUCCGCUCCCCCCACCGCCACUUCGGAGGUGAAUUUGAGCGCAGGGCGGAGCCCGCAAGUUGGUUUCAAACACAGAGAAGGUAUCGUGGGCAUAUCGGAAAGGCGCGAGGGGUGGGAGGUCUGGGCGUCAUUUCAUCGAAAGGCGCAUUUUCCGGGGAAGCCGACAAAGAUGCCAGUGGGAGCUGGGGCUAGAGGGGAUCCCAGGGCAACGCCAUCUAUUUGGGCGCACGUGGUUUCGUUAAAACUGAAAGCAUCUGCGCGGGUUGCUGACAUCGGACACGAUUAGGCAGCACUUACUAAACAACCCUGAUUGCGCUAAGGGUUCCACUGAAAACACAUUUAAGGUUGUCACAGUGCGGUUUACUUACACGCGCUAGAAGCCACACAUAUCUAUUCACACACGGGGCCCUGACCUUCGCAGACGGAAGGAGCAUGUCCACGCAUCGUGCCUUUUCCAACUAAACAAAAGCUGAGGGGACAGCCAUUCCCUGGUUCACUCCCCAGGGCUAUGCCGUGCACCGUCCGAGUCGACUUGCCUGGGCCUGAGUUUUGAACAAAACCUUAGGCCGCGUGACUGCAUCUUCCAUGGAAACGCCCCCUCCCAGCCGGAGUCCACCCGCCAACCAAUCGGCGCUCUCUUCCCGCGCAGUGUGAAUUGUUGUUCCCUUUUUUGAGUGCCAAGGCGAAAAGCUUUGGCAGCACCGUCUCUUUCUCGCCGGCAACUUCCACCCACCCUUUGUGUGAAGUAGCGCUCCCUGACAUCGCUACCCACACCACCAACACCCCCCUCAACCCCCACCGCCACCCCCACAUGGCCUCGGCUCACACCUUAAGGUUCGGCCCGCUUGUUCUGGGCAGCGCCACACACCCACACCCACCCCCGCCCCAACACCCCCGAUUCUCGCCACGAGAGGAAAUACUUAACCUUUAUGGACCCCACCGAAUCCUUUAACCAUCCUACAUGGUGCAAGCCGGCUAAGUUUGAGGGUCGGUCCCUCCGAUUCUCCUCCGCCAACCCUCAAUACUCCUGCACCGAACGGAGAAGCGUUCAACCCCCUCAAGUGGCAUCGCAGUUUUUGACGUACCUCCUGCCUCAACCCGCCCUCCGCCUCGAUUCCUGUCUCCCGCGGCAGACGCCCCAGGGUUGCGAUACCCCAUCCCUGGGGGGACCCCGGAAGGAAAAGGUUCCCCCCACCUUGCACCCCCCCCCCGACCCCCUUACCCCGCACUCCCGGCCUAGCACGCCACGAAGCCUGGGCCUCGCCUGACCCCGGCACCCAGCCCGCAGCUCCCCGGCGGCCGUGACUCUCGAG